ACGCAGAUAGUCCCUAAUCUCCUGGAGCAAGACCGAUAUCAUCGUCCAGUGGAAAACAAAAACAUCCAGCAUUACAGGAGUCGCUAUGACUAUAUCGUGCAGAAAUUCCUCCAGCCUUGGGCGUCUGAGAACGAUUUGAUAUUCGACGAUCGCGCUUUGAGCAACCUCGAUUCUGUUUUGUGUCCAUUGAUUCAGAACUCGAAGGAGUGUGGAACACUGCGUAGCCAAGUUCAAGUUCUCCAACAGGAAUUACUCAAGAGAGAUGAAAAGACCAUUGCUAUCCCAGAUGAGCAAUUUGCUCAAGAGUUCCGCAACCUUACUGGACUAAUCAAGACCGUGAGCCUCUUAAUGCGCCCCUUUGAAGCAAUGAAUAUAGUCAGGAUCUUGGGACCUUGCAUCCUAACCAACGGUAUGGCGCCACUCCAUCACGAUGAUCGAGUAGGAAAGAAGCUAUACAUAGAGUCAUGCAUAUGGUCAACUCUCAUUCAAAUGGUUUUCCGAACUCCGUUCGCCGUUUUUGGAUUGGAAGGCAACACUGUGUCCAACCUUUGGUUCAACAUGUACAACGUGCAACACCAUCACGGCUGGCCCCACCCCUCUCUCCCUUGCGAGACCUGGCGUCGCACUACGAUGGAACAAUUCAUGACGAUGGUCAACAUGGCUAUAGUCGCUCAAGGCGAGAGAAGAACUCACCAUUCAUAUCUUGAGCAAUGUGUUGUGCAAGCACACGCUAACGUUGUAAGCUCAAUGAGUGCCCAUCUUUCUCUGAUUGCCCCCAAAGUUGCUUCUUCACAUUUGUGCCGAAUCGUCAGUGAAGCUUUCAAUCUCGCGGUGCGGAUGUCAUUGCAACGAUCCCGGCUCCAAAUCACAUUUCCGAAAAUUGGAGACAACUUCAGCAGUUCUGAGAUGAGAAAUCUAUCUACUAGUGCUGAUGAGGGCGGCGAAAAUGGUAUUGUAACUCUUGUUGUCAAUCCCGGAUUAACAAAAUGGGGGGAUGCGCAAGGAAAGAAUUUUGAACAUCGCUACAAUGUUGUCCCAGCUCUAGUACAACUU